AUGUCGUUUACCGUUGUGCUUGACAGGUAUCUCAAUGAAUCUGUCACCGAAUAUGGUGCUAUUCUUGAUCUCGAAUUAAGGACCACGGACCACAAAUAUCAAAAUGAAUUCAACGAGUUACUCCAAAAUGAUAACAAAGAUGCCCUUUUGGCGAAACUUGUUGAUUCAGCAAAGGUUUUCCUUAAAAACAUGGGUGAUAACGCAUUUGAGCCAACUGCAAACUUGUACAUUAAUACUAUCGAUUCCUUAACCUCUGAAAUGGACGUUGAUGUCUUAGGACCAAUUGAAAGCGCUGUUAAGAACCUGGGUGUUGAGCAGUACAUAGCAUCAAAGUCGAACGUGAAGCCAACAUCAGUUAUUUCUGUUCUAUCUAACGUGUUCAACUUUGUUCCAGAGACCAGUAGGCUAAGAGUUUUGAUUCUUCAACAAAUUGUUGACCUUGCAUCAAGAAAUUACCUUCAAAGUCUUCUUUCUCCAACGAUAGCGAAGAACUUUUUGUGCUGGAUUUUAAAGGUUGAGGAUGCCGACACUGAGGAUGUUAGAAAGCUAGCAAACCAGAUUUUUGCCGAGAUAUAUACUUUCAACCAAACUGAGGCCUUGACGUUUUACAGCAAUUUAUUACAGAAUGAAAACUUGGAGUCAGCUUUCAAUGCAGAAGAUAGAGAGAAUUUCGUGUUGAAGGCACUUUCAGCUAAAAAGUACUUUGCUAUUAAGGAUGCUUGCUUCAGUUCGAAAUUGAAUGACCCGGCUUUGGCUCAGCUAUUGGUGCUUGUUCAGACUGCUAACUUAAAAGAAUUCAACACCUUUAUCUCCACAUCUGAGGGUAAGUCGUUGAGCGUGAAACUCGAUUUGGAUACUUUAUCUUUGAGGGUGAAAUGUACUGCCAUUCCUAAGAUUUUGGAGACUCUAUCUGAGGAGUCAGGUAAGCAUGCAUUUGGCUACGAAGAGAUUGCCAAGGAAAUAUGCGUUUCAGGGGCGGAGGUUGAAGAAAUUCUAAUUGAAUGUAUUCAGCAAGGAUUCAUCACCGGAAGACUUUCACAACCAGAGGAGAUUCUUUACUUAAACAGGGUGAAUAGUGCAUACGCUACAAAUGCUCCUUUAACCGCUGAGGAAUGGCAAAAGGCAGGAAAGUAUUUACAGAAAUGGUCUGUUACGAUUGAUGGAUUACAGUCUCUAAUCAAGAAUUUGAUCUCGAAGAAUGGUAAGCGGAUGCUGCCACCAGAGGCUAUUCAAAUAUUUCAUCAACAAAAGCAGGAGAUGAAGGAACAGAUGCAGAAGGAAAGAGAAAGGCGCCAGGAACAGGAUAAACAAGAAAAUAUAGAACCCGAGCACAAAGGAGGUGAGUCUCAGACGGCAACUGCUGAAGAAGUGUCUGUGGCUUGA